CCGGCUGCGGGGGCGGGGAACGGGCGGCUGAAGCGAGGCUGGCGCGCCUUGGAGUGGUACUGCUGGUGAGAGGUGGCUACCGCCCCAGCGGUGAGGUGCGAGGCAAAGUGCGCGACGGCUGACUCCAGGAGCGGAGGCGGCCCAAAAUGUCCACUGAACGGACUUCUUGGACAAGUUUGUCCACUAUUCAAAAAAUAGCACUGGGCCUUGGGAUCCCUGCCAGUGCAACAAUUGCCUAUAUCCUAUACCGCAGAUAUAGGGAAAGCAGAGAAGAACGGCUGACAUUUGUUGGGGAAGAUGACAUCGAGAUAGAGAUGCGAGUCCCCCAGGAGGCUGUAAAGCUCAUCAUUGGCCGGCAAGGAGCCAAUAUUAAACAACUAAGAAAGAAGACAGGUGCUCGGAUCGAUGUGGACACGGAGGAUAUAGGAGAUGAGCGGGUGCUGCUUAUCAGUGGUUUUCCUGUUCAGGUGUGCAAGGCCAAAGCAGCGAUUCAUCAGAUCCUGACAGAGAAUACCCCAGUGUCUGAGCAGCUCUCGGUUCCCCAGAGAUCUGUGGGCAGGAUCAUAGGGCGAGGCGGCGAGACAAUUCGUUCUAUCUGUAAGGCCUCAGGAGCCAAAAUCACCUGUGACAAAGAAUCAGAAGGAACAUUGCUACUAUCAAGACUUAUAAAAAUCUCAGGAACGCAGAAGGAAGUGGCAGCAGCUAAGCAUUUGAUACUGGAGAAAGUUUCAGAAGAUGAAGAACUUAGGAAGAGAAUUGCUCAUUCUGCAGAAACCAGAGUUCCACGGAAGCAGCCAAUCAGCGUAAGAAGAGAGGAAGUGACAGAGCCAGGUGGAGCCAGAGAGCCAGCUUUAUGGAAAAACACUGGCACUAGCUUAAAACAGGCUGCACCUCUGGCAGUUCCUCCCCACAAAGGAGAUGGCGACGUGGCUGUUGUAGGACCAGAAGAGGGUUCCUGGGAGAAACCUAAUGAUGACAGCUUUCAGAGGUCUGGUGUCCAGACCAGUCCAGAGAUGUCCAUGUUUGAAAUUCCCAGUCCGGACUUCAGUUUCCAUGCUGAUGAAUUCCUAGAAGUCUAUGUCUCUGCCUCUGAACAUCCUAACCACUUCUGGAUCCAGAUCAUUGGCUCCCGCAGCCUGCAACUGGAUAAGCUUGUCAGUGAGAUGACCCAGCACUACGAAAAUAGUCUGCCUGAAGACUUGACUGUACACGCAGGAGACAUCGUCGCUGCACCUUUACCGACAAAUGGUUCCUGGUAUCGCGCCCGGGUCCUCGGCACCUUGGAGAAUGGGAACCUGGACCUUUACUUUGUUGACUUUGGAGAUAAUGGAGAUUGCCCACUGAAGGAUCUCAGGGUGCUCAGGAGUGACUUUCUAAGCCUUCCGUUUCAAGCAAUAGAGUGUAGUCUGGCACGGAUUGCCCCCUCAGGUGAACAAUGGGAAGAGGAAGCUUUGGAUGAGUUUGACAGACUCACUCACUGUGCUGACUGGAAGCCCCUGGUGGCCAAGAUCUCUAGCUAUGUCCAGUCUGGGAUCUCAACUUGGCCCAAGAUCUAUUUAUAUGAUACCAGCGACGGGAAGAAACUUGAUAUUGGGCUAGAAUUAGUUCGUAAAGGAUACGCAAUUGAGCUUGCAGAAGAUGUGGAAAAAAGCCAAGCUGCCCCAGUGAUGUUAGACGACCUCGCCACAGAAACAGAUGUCUCACUGAGCAUGCUCACUGAGACCAAGAAGAGCCCUGGAGAGAUAGCAAACACCCUGUCCUGCCUCAGUUUAUCAGAAGCUGCUUCUAUGUCUGGUGAUGAUAAUCUUGAAGAUGACUACUUACUCUGAAGUCACCUUCAGUUGCCUCAGCCAUCUACUUUGCUGUUUGGCGUAAGACUUGGUGCCUGGAGAGAAGAGCCUGUAAUAGAGAUCUAUGCAGUUCUUCCUUCGUUAUAUACAUGACCUGGCUUGCUGUGAACCAAAUGCAUUUUCUUCUUGCACUGGACUACCAGAGGGCAUGUGGGGUGGAGGGAGACAGACACAUGCCCCUACUCCACCACCGCCCCGCGUGCCCUGUGCAGUGUGAGGGCUGCCGCACGGCGCUCAGGCUCUCAGGAUCCAGCUUGUUCCCCUCUGCCAGUCAUGAUGCACAGUAUGCUAAGCAAUGUCCUCCUUGAGGCUGGGAAACAGCCAGGGUUUGGUUAUUGGAAGUGAUGAUUCUGCAGACUGACUCACCGCAUCAGGUUGACUCUGGUUAAGGGGAAAUCUUUUGAGUGGUAAACUCAAAGAUUACAGUUAAGUCAGACAGCAAAGGCAAAAAUCAGCAUAAUUAUAUUAAAAGCCUCAGGAAGUAAGAAUACUGCUUCCCAGCCUCAACUGCUGAUGUGUUAUUGGAGACAAGAUUUUUGUAACAGUGCUCUAGCUAUUUCCCAGUAAACUUUGGUUAAAAUACAAGUAGACAAGGAGAAAGGUAACUCAGGAAAUAUUGCUAUAUUGCUGGUAUAGUAUCUAUAUCAAUAUAUGUAUACACAGAGCCACAGAGAACUUGUAGAGCUGUUUAGAUCACUUGGGGUGUUCUUUGCUAAAUAAAGUUCUUAAGAAAGUUAUCUAAAACUAAAUGCUGGUUGAAUCACAGGGUGGAAACAAGCCUAUGGGUACCUUCUGUACUGAAAUCUGGUAAAAUUGCCGAACACCUCACACCACCUAUGAAACAGCUGUCCCUCUCAUGUGCAGAUCAUAUUCUUUCCUUAAAGCGACUUCAGGAUUAAUCAUUCACUAACACUUCACCUAAAAGAGGUAGAUUAGAAUUAUAGAAACCUGGGUUCUAGGACUAGAUCUUUGCUGUGAACUUACAGAGCCUGUUUCCUUACAUAGCAUCUCUCCAUUUCUGACAGUAUUGUAAGGAUCCAGUGAGAACUGUGAAGGUGUUUGAAAGUGGGCGGGAGAAUAACAGUAAAUUAACUUUUUUUUUUUAAGAUCAGCAAGGUAAAGUAGAUUUAAAACUAGUAUAUAAGACACUGAUAUGUGGGACUUUUUAAUCUAGGAGUUAAUGAAGUCUACCCAUCUACUACAUGGCAACUAUAUUUUCCCAGAAACACAAUUUUCAAAUUUUAUUGUCUUAGAAAAACCUCGGUACCAAUUAGCAGAAAGACUUCAGUGAAGGAGCAUCUCUGGGUAGCUUGGGUAGUCCCACAGGAAUCAAUGAAAGCGUGCCGUUGAUUUGAUAUUUCAGACCUUGGCUGCACUUGCUCACUGAAGCAGGCUCGGCCCUGGAAUUGGAGCUACUCUACGACAGGAUCAUGGGGCUAGUCAGUCCCCAGUUUCCUCAGCCUUUACUCUUUUUUAAAAAUUUUAUGUCAUCGAAGUAUAGUUGAUUUACAGUGUUGUGACAAUCUCUGCUGUAUCGCAGAGUAACUCAGUUAUACACAUACAGACAUUCUUUUAUUUCUGUAUUCUUUUCCAUUAUGGUUUAUCCCAGGAUAUUGAGUAUAAUUCCCUGUGCCAUACAGUAGGACCUUACUGUUUAUCAGCCUUUACUCUAAAAAGAGGUCUCCUGAUAUAAAUUGUUCAUAGGACUUCUCUGAAAAAUGAGUGGUAUCUCAUUCUUAGCUACAGUUUGUUACUGUGUAUGAAAGCCUUUUCCUUUAAUAUGGCUUUUAAGACCUCUUAACCCAUCCUGAUGGGUUCCCUAUUCUUAACAACACUACUUUUGCAGCCUCCUGGAAUGUUCCUGCCCUUAAACUAGUGCCACAGGAACCAUGUACCUUCUCUGAUUUCCUUCACUUGUCUCCAGUUUGAACCGAAAUAUAUGGAUAAAAAUAUCCCAGUAAAGCUUAAGUCUUUCUGAAUUCCCUGGUGCUUGGUUCCUGCUUCUGGCAGGUGCUCAGAUGGUUAAAACAAAUGAGGGAAUGGUUUGGGGACAGGGGAAAGGCAAAAGCUUAAAAUCCUCGGGUCCUUCCCCUGUCUUGCUCAGACCCCUUUGAGCUUUUCAGUCA